AGAGAACCUAGCGGUUACGCUAACGUGCGCGUGCGCCCUUGUGCACCUCUCGCUUCCCACUCUGGUUUGACCUACAGCCGCCCGGGAGAAGAUGGCCGCCCCAACAGUGCCCGGGCUCUCCCGGCAGGUGCGAUACUUCAGUACAUCUGUGGUCAGACCAUUUGCCAAGCUUGUGAGGCCUCCUGUUCAGGUAUACGGUGUUGAAGGUCGCUAUGCCACGGCUCUUUAUUCUGCUGCAUCAAAACAGAAAAAGCUGGAGCAAGUAGAAAAGGAGUUGUUGAGAGUAGCACAAAUCCUGAAGGAACCCAAAGUGGCUGCUUCUGUUUUGAAUCCCUAUGUGAAGCAUUCCGUUAAAGUGAAAAGCCUAAGUGACAUCGUAGCAAAAGAGAGGUUCUCUCCCCUCACGACCAACCUGAUCAAUUUGCUUGCUGAAAAUGGUCGCUUAAACAAUACCCAAGGAAUUGUUUCUGCCUUUUCUACCAUGAUGAGUGUCCACCGCGGAGAGGUGCCUUGCACAGUGACCACUGCAUCUCCUUUAGAAGAAGCCACACUCUCUGAAUUAAAAACAGUCCUGAAGAGCUUCCUAAGUCAAGGCCAGAUACUGAAAUUGGAGGUUAAGACUGAUCCGUCAAUCAUGGGUGGAAUGAUUGUGCGCAUUGGAGAGAAAUAUGUUGACAUGUCUGCCAAGACCAAGAUUCAGAAGCUGAGCAAGGCUAUGCGGGAGGUUAUCUGAAAGUGGUGUUCUUCUGCCAUCAGUGAAAAUUCUUAAACUUGGAGCAACAAUAAAAAGCUUCCAGAACAGA